AUGGAACUCACUGGGUUCACGGAUGAACAACUGACCGUCCGCGAUGCCGUAUCAAACAUCUGCGCCAAGUUCCCCAAUACAUACUGGCAAGAGUGCGAUCAGAAUGAAAAAGACCCCAAAGAGUUUCAUGCAGCGUUAGCCAAGGAUGGAUGGCUGGGCAUUGCGCUGCCAGAGGAAUUUGGCGGAGCUGGGCUAGGUAUUUCUGAGGCUACGAUGAUGAUGCAAACCAUCACGCAGUCUGGUGCAGGUAUGGCCGGGGCACAGGCCAUCCACGCCAAUGUCUACGCGACCCAGCCCCUUGCCAAGUUCGGUACGCGGCAGCAAAAAGAGGAAACUAUUCCAAAGAUCAUCAACGGCACGUGGAGGACGUGUUUUGGCGUGACUGAGCCUAAUACGGGAUUGGAGACUCUGAAGCUCAAAACGCUGGCCACGCGGAAGCCCGAUGCAGAGGUCUACUCGGUGACUGGUCAAAAGAUAUGGAUCACCUGUGCGCAAGUGGCGUCCAAGAUGAUUCUACUUGUGCGAACGACGCCUCUAGAAGAGGUUAAGAAGCCAACAGAAGGUUUGUCUUUGUUUUGCAUCGACUUGGACCGCGACCACCCGGGUCUUGACCUACGCAAAAUCAAGAAAAUGGGUGGGCGCGCUGUGGAUGCAAACGAAGUGUUCUUUGACAACUACAAAAUCCCGACAAGCACUCUUAUCGGUCAGGAGAAUGAAGGAUUCCGUAUCAUCUUACACGGCAUGAAUGCCGAACGAUGUCUCUUGGCAGGAGAAGCUUUAGGGCUGGGGUACGCGGCGCUGGAACGCGCCGCCCAGUAUGCACAAGAACGAGUAGUAUUCGGACGGGCAAUUGGGCAAAACCAAGGUGUUGCGCAUCCACUGGCCGAUGCAUACAUGAAGCUUGAAGCAGCCAAGUUGGCCACCUACCAUGCAGCACGGAUGUUUGACUCCUCGAGGGCCUCGGAUAGUACGAUCCCGGUACACACUCUCGGAGUAGCAUGCAACAGCGCCAAGUACUUAGCGGCAGAAGCGGCGUUCACGGCGUGUGAGCGAGCCGUCCUAAGUCAUGGAGGAAUGGGGUACGCGACGGAAUAUGAUGUCGAACGGUACCUGCGCGAGUGUUUUGUUCCACGGAUUGCACCGGUCAGCCGGGAAAUGAUUCUGAAUUAUGUGAGUGAGAAAGUGUUGCAGUUACCGCGCAGUUAUUAG